AUGGCCUCUUUCUUUGUGUCUAGACGCUGUGAACUCGAAGAGAAUCAUUUUUUCCCCUUUAAAAUUGCCUUUUUAUACUGUUAUCUAAUUCAUUUCUGGUGCUUGCAGAAUGCGUUCCAGAUUACUUAUUUCUUGUGGAUAUGGUAUUCCUUCAGCCUAAAAUCUUGCUUUCAUGCAAAUUUCGCGCUUGCUAUAACAAAGGUUUCACUGGGGUUGGGUACCUUAUUUAUCUGUAGCUACAUCACGCUUCCACUGUAUGCGCUUGUAAUGCAGAUGGGUUCACAAAUGAAGAAAUCCAUCUUCGAUGAACAAACAUCAAAGGCCCUUAAAAAGUGGCACAUGGCUGUGAAAAAGAAGCACGCAAAGGGAGGAAAGAUGUCAACCAGGACUCUUGGUGGAAGUGCAAGUCCUAGCCCAAGCGCCAUUCAUUCUUCAGGACCUUCAUUGCAUCGUUUCCAGACUACUGGUCACUCAACUCGCUCCUCUUACAUGUAUGAAGAUCAUGAUAUGUCCGAUCUGGAGGCCGAAGUUCCUUUAUCACCAACACCGGCAACAGAAAAUUACAUCAUAAGGGUUGAUCAUCAUGAGGAUGAACAAGCAAUUGAGAUCAGUGAAACUCACCGCAAUGAAGAAACCAGCAACGAAGACGAAUUCUCCUUCACCAAGGCUGCACCUGUUAAAGAAUCAUGAUGAAAAGGCAGUGCUUCAAAUGGUGCAGUCAGCAGUGUAAGCUGCAUACCUGCAUCUUCUUGUAAAAAUUCUGUUAGUUUGCUAUGAAAUGUGGGCAUAUAGGCGAUUUCCGUUUUGUAUGUUAACAUUCUUGUUUGUAGAUUAAUAAUUGCCAAAGAAAUCCAGGUUUUCUUUUCUUUUUUCAUCCCCCUUGGAGAUCGAUUGAAGAGUGAAUCUCUCCAUGUGAUCUUGUGGUUGGCUCUGUUAUAAGCUCAUUUAAAUUCCCUUUUGCUGCA